AUGACAGAGAACAAUCCCUCCCCCGACUACUCCCGCCCGCAGUUCCCUCCGCAUAAUGAGUCGCGGGUAUGGGUGAUCACCGCGGGGGAUUCGCCCGUUGGGAUUUCGGUUGCGCGCCAGAUCCUUGCGCACGGGGACAGCGCUCUCGUCGGUAUCUCGUCGUCGGACCUCGAUCGCGAUGCGUGCCGCCGGGACAUGUUCGACGCCUUUGUGACGGAAGUUGAAGCCCAUCGUGACGAGGGCUGGGCCGAGCGGUUCAAGUCCGUUCAGUUGGAUAUAAGGAUAGUUGGAGAGUGUCAGGCAGUGGUUGCUGAAGCGGUUGCGACCUUCGGCAGGAUGGACAUUCUGCUCUGCUGCACCAGCCAAGCCCUCGUUGGAACGGUAGAGGAGCUUGCGGCCUCCCAACAAACGCUGAACCUUGUCCGCGACCAGUUCGAGGUUAAUUACUUCGGUCCGCUCAAUAUCAUCAAGGCAUCGCUGCCUCACAUGAGGCGUCAGAAGUCAGGGCACGUCAUGAUAGUCUCCGGAAUCAGUAUGGACCUCAAACGUUACUAUCCACACGAACCCAUCCCUAACAAGCAAAAGCCGCCCACAUUGGCACACCCGGCCUCGGGAUGUACUGCGCAGCAGGCUGGGCCCUUGAGGGCUUCUGCGACUCUCGCAUAUGAAAUUGCGCCCUUCAACAUCAAACUCACCAUCUUCCAAUGCAGCAUUGAAAUCCCCAUCCUCACAAACCUCGUCACCAGUGUCCCCCCAAUUGUCCCAGCCUACUCCCCAGGCAUAAACCCAGCACCUCUCUUCCGGGGAAUCCUCAACCGCCUCGUGCCUCGUUUACCAAAUACGCAGCACGGCAGUGACAACGUUUCCCAGAAUCAGAGCCAGACCAGCUCCGUUGAAGACGGGCCCUUCUCAGGCCCGGAUCUUAUAUCCACAUAUCCCCCGCUUAGUUCGGCGCACAUGGGGAUCCUAGUAGAAGAGACGGUUUACGCCAUUACGGCAAUUGGCGGGCACGAGAACCCGCCGUCGCGACAUAUUGUGGGCCAGGAGGGUGUUGCGAGUGUGAAGGAGAAGCUGAAGACUGUUAGUGAGGAGUUGGAGGAUUUCAUCCAGUGUAGUUUUGCAGUUGAUUAUGCUGCUGACGCAGAGCAGGGGCGAGCAGCCCGAGAGGAGAACACGGUGUUUGGAUCAAAUAAUGAUGCAUUCUGA